UGCCAUGAACGGAGGCGGAACGAUAAGGUUAUCUAAGCGUAGGUUCCUCUAUGUGUGUAAUUAUUUAUCGCAGUAACGGCGCUCUCGGAUAGCGAGACCCGCGCGGACGGAUAUAAAGUGCGGGCGAGCUGCUGCUGCUGCUGCUGCUGCUGCGUCUUCCUCUGACGAUGACGGAGCACGAGCAGAACGCGAUGUUCGCGCGGGUGGCGUCGGCGCUCUUCUACGGGCUGUCGUCGUUCAUGAUAACGGUCGUCAACAAGACCAUCCUCACGACGUACGCCUUCCCGUCCUUCCAAGUGCUGGGGAUCGGCCAGAUGCUCGCGACGAUCCUGGUCCUGCUGGCCGCCAGGCGGCUGCGCUACGUUGACUUCCCCAGCCUGGAGACGGCGACCUUCGGCAAGAUCUGGCCGCUGCCGCUCAUCUACAUCGGCAACAUGAUAUUCGGGCUAGGCGGCACCAAGCAGCUGAGCCUGCCGAUGUUCACCGCCCUCAGGCGGUUCAGCAUCCUCAUGACAAUGAUCGCCGAGUACUACAUCCUCGGCGUGAAGGCGCGCCUCUCGAUACAGCUGAGCGUCUACACUAUGAUCCUGGGCGCGGUGGUGGCCGCGCUCAACGAUCUCGCCUUCAAUCUCGAGGGCUACAUCUUCAUCCUGUUGAACGACCUCUUCACCGCCGCCAACGGCGUGUACAUGAAGAAGAAGUUGGACUCGAAGGAGCUGGGCAAGUACGGGCUCAUGUAUUACAAUUCUCUCUUCAUGCUCGGGCCGACGGUGCUGCUGGCCUGGUGGAUGGGCGACCUUACCCAGGCGCUCGACUUUCCCAGCUGGACCGACCCGCUCUUCGUCCUGCAGUUCGCCCUGUCGUGCGUCAUGGGCUUCAUACUGUCGUACAGCACGCUCCUCUGCACGCUGUACAACUCCGCGCUCACCACCACCAUAAUCGGCUGUCUGAAAAACAUAUGCGUCACGUAUCUCGGCAUGGUCAUCGGCGGUGACUACAUAUUCUCCUGGCUGAACUUUGUAGGGUUGAAUUUAAGCGUGAUAGGUAGCUUAGUGUACACCUGGGUGACGUUCCGUAAGAGAGAGAGUCCGCAGCCCAAGUACGCCCUGGUUGGAUCUCAGGCUAGUAAAAUACAAGCCAUAUGAUUGUAAGUUUCUCGCGCGUGGCUCUCGGAGGGCGAGCCGAACGUCGUGUAAUCUCUGUAUAUAAUACACAAAGCAUUUGUACAAAAGGUUUUAUAUAACUUCGGCGAGCGUGUAAACAGCUAGUGAUCUUCGUUUAGGUGUAAGGCGGAUAUGUGUGUAAGGCUUCGAGGUAGAGAGUACAUGUUCCUUUGUUCGUUCCAAGAAGCGGCAGGGUGGCGCGUAUGCGACCAGCAGCUGUUACUUCUGUUCCUCGUGUCACAAAGUGCUCUUUAACUCACCGGAAGUUAGGGAGCGACGUGAGAUAGUACCGACAACCCGACUGUAAUAUAUACCAAAGUGAAGUUGCGUUACCAAAUAAGUAUUACGCUGAUUAGGAGGACGAUACGAAUCGAUCAGGGUACCAGCGUCGCCAUCGAGUUAGAUGUAAUCUGUACACGCUAAUCUGUACAUACAUAACGGCGCUAUUUUAAUGGAAAUAAAUUUUAUUUAUUAACAGACAA